AUGGCCGUACAACUUCUUACCCAGGCCGACGGUUAUGGCAUUAUUAUUGGCCUCUCGGUACUGUUCUGUUUUAUCAUUCUAGGAGCAGUUCGCAUACAAAAAAGAUAUCUUUCGGAAGAUAGUGACCAAUCGGAAAUGUUUAUGGUCGCAAAUAGAUCGGUCGGCACUGGAUUGACAGCUUCUGCAGUCUUCUCGAGUUGGAUGUGGAUCAAUGAAAGUGUAUUCUCGGCCGCUUAUACCUACAAAUGGGGUAUCGCUCUCCCAAUAUGGUGGGCUAGUGGCCUGUCCUUCCAAAUCGCGCUCAUGGCUGUUCUUGGGAUUGUAGCAAAGUUAAGGGUUCCAUAUGCCCAUACUUCGCUUGAAUUUAUCAGAAUGAGAUAUGGAAAUUAUGCGCAUUGGCUUUUCAUACUGCUGAAUCUUAUCAACAACAUCUUCGGCUGCGGUAGCAUGAUUCUUGCGGGCGCACAGCUGGUCACUGGAAUGACGGGCAUGCACGUUAUUGCGGCAUGUGUUUUGAUUCCGGCAGGGGUUGUCAUCUAUACAGCCGUUGGUGGCUUGAAAGCGACGUUCUUGACAGACUUCAUUCACACUACUGUCGCCUUGAUCCUCUUAAUCUACUUCUCUCUUGCGGUGUUGACAAAUGAGCACAUUGGCGGUGUGUCAGGUCUUUACGAGAAAGUCAAGGCUACAGAUGACUAUAUUCCUGGCAACUACGAAGGCUCACUUCUGACGAUGAAGUCUAAAAGCGCGGUUUUAUUUGGUCUCGUGUUAAAAUUCGGUAAUCUUGCGCUCGUUCUUAUGGAUACAGCGUUCUGGCAAAAGUCAUUCGCUUCCGAAGUCCACUCGACAGUUCCAGCAUAUGACCUUGUUUCUAUUGUCAUUAUUGCGAUUCCUUGGUGCACAGGAACUAUCAUCGGUCUCAGCGCUCGUGCCAUUGAAAAGACUCCAAUUUGGUUCGACUACCCCAAUACCCUAACUACCGACCAGGUAAACGCCGGUCUCGUGAUGCCAUACGUGCUAAGGUCUCUGCUUGGAAAAGGCGCAACUACGGGUCUGCUAGUGCUUGUCUUUAUGGCUAUCACGAGCACGGUGUCUUCAUCCAUGAUUGCGGUUAGUAGUAUCAUCUCUCUCGAUUUAUUCCGCACUUAUAUCAAUCCCCACGCAUCAGACCGCAAAACUCUUCAAGUGAGUCAUUGGGGCGUGGUAUUCCAUGGUUGUUUCAUGACCGGCUUUGCCAUCAUGCUCGAAUAUGCUGGGGCCACAAAUAACUGGUCCACAUAUUUCCGCCCCAUCAUCGCAUGUCCAGGUAUCAUGCCCAUCAUCUUCACGCUCCUCUGGUCCAGACAAACGAAGCUGGCGGCCAUCCUAGCUCCCAUCCUUGGACUCUUCUCCGGCGUUGCUACGUGGCUUUCAUUGUCAUGGUAUUGGUCUGGUGGGGUGCUCAAUAUUGAGACGACGCAGGUUCAAAUUCCGGGUCUUUAUGGUGCUAUCGUUUCUUUCUUCUCGCCAGCUAUCUAUUCCGUCGUCAUCUCGCUGGCUUGGCCAAGCCGUUUCGAUUGGCGUGAAUUCUUAAGAAUUGACCUCAUCCUUGAUAAGGGCCAGCCAAAUAGCUCCCUGCCAUCUACACUUCCCAGCAGCGAAGCCGUUAAUGAGAUCACUAAGAUAGCCGAAGAACCAAAGAAAGAACCUUACUUGACGAGCGGAGAAGAGGCUGUCCUGCCAACUCCUACCCCAACCAAAUCAAAUUCUCAAGUCCCGCUCGACGAUGUUGUUCACCCAUUCGGAGAUGAGACUAUCAAACAUAUUCGCAGGUGGCUCAAAAUCGCUAGUGUGUUCUUCGUAGUCAAUGUUCUGGUUACCAUCGUUCUGUGGCCCAUACCGCUCUACCGCGAUUGGAUCUUCACGAAGAGCUUCUUUACUGGCUGGAUCAUAAUGGCGAUCAUUUGGCAUUUUUUCGCGAUUCUGGCUGUGGUUGUGUAUCCGGUUUAUGAUGGGAGACAUGAGAUUGUGAGGGCUGUGAGGGGAAUGGCGAAGGAAUGGAGGAAGUAG